AUGGACGCCCAGGCCGUGCAGCCGUCGAGCAACGUCGCCUUUCACCAGGGAGAGCGUGUCCUUUUGGACAGGGCUAGUGCGGGCCGACCCAAACAACUCGAGGAGAUGAAGCGGAAGUUCCAAUCCGCCUUGGAAUCCAGUGAGCGUUUGGUUGGCUUGGACAUGGAGUGGAAGCCAGACCGUUGCACACAGCACAGCAACGACGUUGCGUUGAUUCAGCUUGCGCUCGGUGGCUCCGUCUGGCUUGUGCGAACUUGUGAGAUUGAUCUCCCCGACUUUGUCCGGCAGCUGCUGGUGGACAGCUCCGUUGUGAAGGUAGUUGCUGGUCUCGAUUCUUCUGAUCGGGACAAGCUGCAAGCGUCCUUUGGCAUUCAGGUUCCGAAGAAUCCAGAGCUAGCGGGCUUCGUGGACAUAAGCGUGCUUGCCGGGGAGUGCGGUUUUGCCGGCUCCGGAGUGAAGAAGCUUUGUGAUCGGUACGGCCUCCCGAUAGAGAAGAACAAGAAGGUAAGCGUCUCCAACUGGGCAGCGGCCCGGCUGACAGAAGACCAACUUCAAUAUGCCUGUGACGAUGCCUUCUUCACCUUGCUCUUGGGAGGACGGCUGCUGCAAGAGGAGAAGGUCUCACCUUCAAAGCUUCGCACCCGCGCCCGGGCUGCCUGUGAUCUGGUGCUCCCGGGAGCAGGUCCCAGCGUGGGAACGAAGGACAUGUCGGAGCGGCACGCGGAGGUCAGUGGCUUCUUGGAAGAGCUCCACGAGGCCGUUUCCCGAGCCUGUGCAGCUCAAGGUGUGCCCAAAAUCCCAGUUGCCAAAUUGGGGCAACUUCGAGACAAGGUCGGCAUGCCUUUUGCCCGUCGUGCGAGCCUUUUGCUUGUUCCUUUAGGAGCACGCUUCCUCAAAGAGCAAUGCCAGCUCUUCGGCAUUAGCAGCAUUAGCAAGCAAGACUUUAUGGACAGGUUGUGGGCCCCCACAUGUGAGCCCCCAGUUUCCGGGGGCCCCAGACCCAUGCUUGAAGACUUUAUCUGGGCACGUUCCGCUGCAGAGAGGGCACCUUUCACGGAUGAAGAGAAGUCUCUCGAAUGGGCCUCAUCUCCUGAGCAAUCCUUGCAGACAUGGCUGAGCUUGCAGCCUCGCAUGGCCAAGCAAGAGCUGGCGGGUCGUCUCGGCCUCUUGGCCCGAGCUUUCGGAGCGGAGGAGUCGGCCAAGGCCCUUGCGGUGCGGAAGCAAGCAUGCGAGUUCAGCGCAACAUCUGUGGCAGACGCUCGGUCCGCCGCGGGACCCCGGCCUUCUGGGAACACCAAGACCGUGGAAUGCCGCUCACGGCCGCUGCGCAAGAAGUCUGAUUCCCAGACAGUGGUGGCCCGUGGCGUCCCCAAGCAGUGA